AUGGAGGACUUGAAAUCUGCCGAUUCAAGUUCAUUUUCAUCUAAACGAGGGAAAUCAUGGUGGGAAAUCACCGGACGGUGGAUGAUCAUAUUUUCAGCGACUUGGGUCAUUCUAAGGUCUUGGGUGAACUUCAUUCCUGCGACAAAAAUCCAGCACCAUCCAGAUCAUGUGUUAUCCAUAGCCCCUUUUAGUUGGGACCAGAUCCAACCUUCAGAGUCAUUGGAAUAUCAUGACUGUCAAGGCGAUUUUCUUUGUGCCCGUCUUGAGGUUCCGAUGGACUAUGGGCGGUCAGAAAAAGAAGAAAGGAAGUUUGUUUUAGCCAUGGUGAAGAUUCCCGCCAAGGUGCCUGUCGAAGACCCCCGUUAUGGAGGCGCUAUGUUGAUAAAUCCGGGUGGUCCGGGUGGUGCCGGAACUUUACAAGCGUUGCUGUCAGGACGCAAUCUGCAAACAAUUAUCGACGCAGAAAGCGAUCCUUCCUCUGGCGAGAAGCAUUCCGAUGAUCGGUAUUUCGAUAUUAUUGGGUUUGACCCCCGCGGUGUUGGACAUACUACACCAGCCGUGACUUGUUUCCCUGAUGGAUCAUCACAGCGAAACUGGGAAUUGGCAGUUGAGGCCGAGGGAAUGAUCGGAAGCAGCGAGGAUGCGUUGCAAAAAAGUUGGCAGCGUACCCAGGCACUAAACCAAGGUUGCUCUGUGUACGAAAUGCUUGGUUCUGAUCAGAAUGACUCAAUGAUGGCAUACAUCAACACUCCACUCGUGGCACGAGACAUGCUUACCAUUAUUGAGCGCCAUGGGGAGUGGCGUGAAAAGGAGGGCCUCAGGGCUCAAAAUGCACAUGACACCUGCCACGGUUACGACAGCACACGCGCGAUCAUUCAACGUACAAAAUGGAAUCGGGAUGAAGAAUCUCUAUUGUACUGGGGCAGGUCCUACGGCACGGUCCUAGGCACAACCUUUGCUGCCCUCUUCCCCGAUCGAGUAUCCCGGGCCGUUCUCGAUGGUGUCGUAAAUAUGGACAAAUAUUACGAAGACAGAGGACCAAGCGUCAUUGCUGACGCUGAUGCUAUAUUCGAUCGUUUCGGUCUUUAUUGUGAUGCCGCAGGUCCUCAGAGCUGCCCAUUCUAUGCCGAGGGAGGUUCAGACGCCAUUCAAGCUGCGUACUGGUCACUUGAGAACCAAAUACUCAACACCUCUAUUCCUGUCAUGGCCUCCUCCACUCGUGGGCCAGAAGUCAUCACCUGGACAGACAUGAAAGCUCUUCUUCGUAUAGCCGUUUACCAACCCCUGCUUGCAUUCCCGGUGUUGGCGGAGAAGAUAGGUGCGCUUGUCGGUGGGGAUCCUGUCCCCAUGGCGGAUUUCAAGCGUCGCCGGAACUUCAAUUCCUGUCCCUCGAACGAAUGUAGUAUCAUGGGACCGUGGUCUCCGCAGUGUACACGAGAAGAAGAUAACUCGCUUUAUGCCAUGGCAGCUAUUCUUUGCACAGAUGCGGAAUUUCUGGCUGAUAACACCUUGGAAAGCUUUACCGAGAUGUGGAAGGGCUUCAGAGCUGAUAGUCAGACAUUGGGAGAUUAUUGGGCUCAGAUGGAGCUUGCUUGCGUUGGAUGGAAAACAAAGGCCAAGUAUAAAUUCACAGGACCAUGGAGUGGUAUCAACACAUCAAAUCCGAUGUUGUUCGUAUCGAAUACUCUAGAUCCAGUUACACCAUUAUAUAAUGCUCAGCAUAUGUCUGAAAGAUUUCCAGGAUCCGUCUUGCUUCAACAGGACUCAGAGGGGCACACCACACUUGCUGCACCAUCCGUGUGUGUAGCAAGCCUCAUCCGUAUUUACUUUCAAACAGGCAAUCUUCCUGAUAUUGGCACUAUCUGUCAAGCUGACCUGAAGCCGUUGGUGGGGCAUAUCGAUCGGGUACCGAUAAAGGCUCAAAGCAUGACUGCUGCCGAUCGCAAGCUAUUUGACGUUUUGAUGGCAGAGGUUAAAAGAGGAUAUCUUCCUCUUCAUUGA